UGUCACUGUUGUGCAAGUGCUUGAACUGUCAACUUUCGUUUCAGUCAAUAUGUCGAGUCGAGCAUUGAGAAAACUUCAAGGAAAGACACACCAGGAAAUAGAUCAGUUACCAGUUGUGAGUAACGAGUCAGGAGAAGAGAGUGACGGCACUGAAAACAACGAAAGCACAAGUAGGAAAUCGAAGAAAAGCAAACCCACGAAAAAUGUACCUCUAAAUCCAUUUGAACUGUUGGAAGAUGAAGAUAACAAUGAAGAUGAUAUCAAUGAUGAAGAAGUUCUUCCGACAGAACAACCAGAAAACCAGACAGACACCAGAAAGAAGAAAAAGAAGAAAAAGAAGAAAAAACAAAAAGAAAAAGCAAACAAAGAUGCUCAUGCUGAAGAAGACUUUGAGGACAAUCUGAUGCUGAGAGAUGGAGCAAGGAACCCGGAGGACAAUGGAGACAUCCCAUCCUCAACUCCUAUCACACAAAAAAUGAGAGCUCUUCUCUUUGUGGAACACAAAAAUCUGAACCCUGACAAUGAGAUGAGACGGAUAUUUGGCUCACGAGUUGUACAAGCGGAAAACAGCCGUCGUCAGCGUCAACAACGAGGGAGGACGCGGCAGAAAGUCUCUUGGUUGACCACUCCUCGGGACAACUGGCCGCCGAUGGGUAAAACUGGAUUGACCAUGUCCUUACUGGAGACAAGAGCUGGCUGUCAGUAUUUUACCUUUGAACACAGCCAGAGUUACCAGGAUGUUGAGUUCCAGUUUUAUGAUGCUGUAGAAUCUCUGAAUCCCCAGAAUAUUGCAAACCUGAUACAGCUUCAUCCUUACCAUGUGGCGGCGUUACUCCAGCUCAGCGAGGUGUUCCACAUGGGGGAAGAUGCCCAGGCCUCUGCAGAACUAAUAGAGAGAGCCUUGCUGUCGUGUGAACUCUCCUUCCAUCCUGUAUUUAGCCUUACCACGGGGACGUGUCGUCUUGACUUCAAACGAUCUGAGAACAGGCCAUUUUUCCUGGCAUUAUUUAAACAUCUCUCCAUUGUUGGUCAGAAGGGAUGUAAUAAGACUGCCCUCGAGUUCUGUAAACUCCUCCUCAGCCUGGAACCAGAGAUGGACCCCAUGUGUGUUCUACUGAUGAUUGACUUCUACGCCCUCAGGGCCCAGGAGUUCUCCUUCCUAGUUCGUCUGUACCAGGAGUGGGAGGCUCACAGAAACCUUACUCAACUUCCAAACUUUGCAUUUUCGGUACCAUUGGCCAUGUUUUUCCUGGCAACAAGUCAAGAAGAGGAGCCCAGUAAAGCUGAUGCUAUGCUACAAGACUCACUGAUGAUGUUCCCUGGGUUACUUCAUCCCCUCCUGGACAAGUGCAAUGUGAACCCUGACCCUCAAGUCUCUAGUCACCCCUUCUUUGGCCCAGACUCACAAUACAGCCAGCCUCCUGCUCUGAAACAGCUGAUAGGUCUCUAUAUAGGUCGCUGUAACUCAUGCUGGAAGCAGCCAGAGGUGUUGGAGUGGCUGGAGCGCAAUGUCAAGGUCGUACUACAGCGAGUAGAGGACAAGGAUAGUAUGGUAGAACAGUGUCGAGUCAAACGCCUCUCACGGUACCAAGGCACUCCUCGUAACAUCCUCAGACACAUCCUUAUAUCAGAGGUCAAGGACGCAACAGCAGCCCUUCCUCCGGACAUUGCCAACACUACAGUUCUGAGCUAUGAUCCCCUACCUCCUGUGGACUCUGUGUGUGGCUAUGACAGGCCUGCUAGACGAAGGGCAGUAGAAGAUGCAGGUGCCUUGUCAACAUUUUUCCGAUCACUGAUGCCAAACUUUAACAUUGAUGAGCCAGCUGCAGCAGCAGGGGCUGCGGGACAGAACGGAAAUGACCUCCGUCAGGGUAUUGGAGUACUUAUGGAUGCCAUGCGGGACCUUCUCCAAAACAUCCGACCCAUGGAAGUCCCUGUGGAUAAUCCAGGGGAGAAUGCAGAAAACGAUGAUAUAGAGCCAGGGGAAUGGGAUUAAUGUCGGGGAUGGGUUAAUUAGGGGUUGUUAGAUAUAAGGGGUCAGUUGUCAUGGAUAAGUGAAAGUGAGACAGAGACUAGAGAUCACAAGUAAGGGUUGAGGUGUUAGGUGUCGGGAGUGGGCCUGCUAGAUUUCAGGAGUUUUAGGUGGGGGUGCUACAGUAGGUGUCAGGAUUGGGGUAUGCUAGGUGUCAGGAUUGGUGGAUGCUAGGUGUAAGGAGUGGAGAGUUGGGGAUGCUAGGU